GUGUCCUUCUUUGUGCAUGCUCUCUUGGAGCAUGCCAACGAGGAGCGGUUCGAGAUCUUUAUCUACUCCAAUGCCACUAGGGAGGACGACAAGACCGAGCUGUUUGAGAGUAUCGUGCCACCCCAACGCUGGAGAAAGGUCGUAGGCCUGCCUGCCGUCGAGGCCUGUGAAUUGAUCCGAGCGGAUCAGAUUGAUAUCCUGGUAGAGCUGGCAGGACAUACGGCCAACAACCGACUGGACGUUAUCGCCUUGAAAGCAGCACCGAUCCAGAUCACUUACAUUGGCUACAACAACACCACCGGGUUGGGUGCCAUUGACUAUCGUUUGGUGGAUGAAAUGGUCGAUCCGUUGGACACGACUCAGCCCUUCAGUGAGGAACUGGUGAGAGUCCCGGGGUGCUUCUUGUGCUACACGCCACCCUCCCGGGUGCCGGACAUUGAGGAGCUGCCGGCACUUCGGCAUGGCUUCGUGACCUUUGGGAGCUUCAGUUGCUUGGCCAAGGUGGGUGAUCCUGUGGUGGCCCUUUGGGCCCGAUGUCUGCACGAGGUGCCCAACAGCAGACUGCUGGUGAAGAACAAGGGAUUUUACUCACCGGAUGUGCAGGCCACCUUCAUCGCGAAAUUUAAGGCCUGUGGCAUCCCCGAACACCGGUUAAAGCUGAUGGCUUUGGCUCCCACCUCCUAUGAGCACUUGAACAUCUACAACGAGGUGGACAUUGCCCUGGACACCUUCCCCUACUCCAACACCACCACGACCUGCGAGUCACUGUUGAUGGGAGUACCUGCUGUCACUCUGGUGGGAAAUACACAUGGCUCCCGAGUUUGCUAUACAUUGCUUAAUGCUAUUGGCAUUGGCGAUUUUGCUGCUCAUUCUCAGGAAGCCUAUGUGACGAAGGUGAAGGGCUUGUGUUCCAACCUCCAGACCCUGGCGUUGCUGCGGCAAAAUCUGCGACAGAUCAUGCUUUCCUCGCCCCUCUGCGAUGGACCGGGCUUUGUGCGUGAGAAGUACGAGCCGAUCCUACUGGAAAAGUGGGCAGCCUACUGCAAUGGCAGAGCUCCGUCGCAACAGGCGAAGAUCUGGGGAUGGGUCAGCCGCAUGGUCAAGCCAUUUGGCUUGACCUGUGCCAUCUAA